AUGGAAGGGGAAGAAAGACCGAGGAAAUUGGCCAAGCUGGAUCACAGCAAAAUGCAGGAAGAUUCUGAACCCACAAUGACUGGCGCACUGGACAAACCCGAUCUUGCGGAUGCGCACAAUAAGAAGGCCGACGAUGAUGAUGUCUCUGAUAAUGAAGCCUCUCCGGCCAAUGGCGAAGAUGACGGUUUACAGACCGGAGAAACUGCUGCCGGCGACGGAAAUGAAGCAGAACCUAAACUUUCCAAACGUCAAAUGAAGAAACUCCAGCGAAGAGAAAAAUGGGAAGAGGGGCGCGAAGAUCGCAAAGUGAAGCGCAAAGAAAAGCUUGCCGCCAGGAGAGAACGGCAACGAGCUGAGUUGCAGGAAGCUAAACUGAAUGGCAAGGAAGCAACAUUAGCAGCUCGGAAAGCGCAGGAGUCGACAAAGCAGCGAUUUGCACGAUCAAAGCUCCUCCCAAUCACGUUUAUACUCGAUUGCGACUUUGACGAUCUGAUGCUCGACAAUGAGCGCAUUUCUCUUGCUCAACAGCUGACCCGUUGCUACUCCGACAAUAGCAAGAAUCCCUACCGCUCUCACCUGGUAUUGUCUUCCUUCAACAAGAAGUUAAAGGAGCGGUACGAUAAUGUUAUGGCAAAAAUGUACAAGAACUGGAAGGGUGUUCGUUUCUUCGACGAGGAUCACGUACAUGCUGCCGCACUGGCAAAGGACUGGAUGGCUGGACCAGAAGGAGGCCAGUUGGUCGGUAUGUUUACGGACAAGACAGAUGCCAAACCAGAAGAUGGAGAGAUCAUAUACCUCAGCAGCGACAGCGAGAAUACAUUGACGGAGCUGAAGCCAUACAGUACAUAUAUUGUUGGAGGCCUGGUGGACAAGAAUCGCCACAAGGGCAUCUGCCACAAGCGGGCUGUUGAAAAGGGAAUCAAGACCGCUAAGUUACCUAUUGGAGAGUAUAUCCAGAUGGCUUCCCGAUCCGUAUUGACAACCAAUCAUGUUGUUGAGAUCAUGCUUCGAUGGUUGGAAUUGGGAGACUGGGGUAAGGCAUUUAUGGAAGUGCUUCCCCAAAGAAAGGGUGGUGUUUUGAGGAAGAAGGGUGAUGAGGCAAAAUCGGAAGCUAAAUCUGAAGAUGAACAGGAUGAAGCUGAAGCUGAAAAAAAGACCAGGUCGAUUUCUUUCUCGAGUCCCUCAUCGGUUAAAGGACUAUUAUGCUCCUUUGCUGCCUGUGAUCUCUUUCUUUUUCAUUCUUCUUUCCUUCCCUGUCUUUCUUUUAUUCCCUGCCCUCCCUCCUACCCAACGAAAAUAAAUAGUUGCUGUUGCUCAGCAGCCAGGGCCAGCUCGCAACCAUGUUUAUGCUCCGCAACGGUACUGAGCAAAUAUCUCUUCGGAGAUACCUCGAAAGAAUCUAUCAUCGAAAUCCCGCAAGGCCAGCUGUAUCUGGUCCGCCCCCUCUCGCCCAAGGGAUAUUCGGAACUCAUCUUCAAGGACGCCGCUGCUUCUAUCCGGCGUACUGGACAAGACUUUCAGUACCAGCUUGUAAUCCAGAGAGCCUACGAGGAAGGCGAAGAGGAGCUUGCCGACGACGAGGACGAGCAAGGUGCCGCUGACGGUCUUGACAAGGACGAGAAGGUCUUCCUUCUUGACCAGAGUCUGCACUUCCGGUCCGAAGUUCGCGACGGUGGUGUGAAGAUUUUGGCCUGGAGUGACUUGAGUGGUGAUCUGGGUGAUCUUUUCGAAUUCGUGUGCGACCCCGCAGUCCCCUCCGACAAGGUCGCCACCUUUGAGCUUGCAGCCGUUCAGUGUCAGUACGAACGGAAGCACAGACGAAGUGCCCAAAAGGCAACCGAGUCGGAGCUGGAAGAGUUUUCCUUCCAAGAGGAGAAGCCCAUUCCGUCCGCAAGCCCCAUCGCUUCCCCGGCAACCAAAUCUCGAGCACACUCUAUCGAACCACCUGUUGAUUCGACUGCUGCCAUGGCUAAAGACGUCGAGUAUUCGCGCUCCAAGGGGCAUAUAAAACCUGCCGAUUCUGGCGUGGAACCCACGACUGCUCCACCCUCUGCAGCACAGCCUGAGGCUCAGGAAAUCCUCGCCAAAGAAUCGGCUGAGCUGCACCUGUUUGACUUUACCACCGGGACCUUCGUCCAGCAGGAUGAACAUGUGACUGCCACCGUGUCUGAAAUUGGCACAUGGCAGUAUUGGCUCCAGAUCAGUGGUAAAGAGCGGGAAUGGCUGGGGCAGGCGGUCAUCGCUGAUCUUAACCCCGUCUUCAAUUUCGAAUACCUUUCCUUUAUUUUCAACCACUAUAGCGCGGAUGGUUCUGCCUAUUCUUGGCUUCUGCGUUUCAAGGACCAGGAGACCGAGGAAAGGUUCCAAGAAGGUGUCAUGCAGGCACUUUGGGAGCAGCUGAAUGAGAUGAAAUGGAACAAGGUCAAGGAGAACGACCGAGAUUACGUCUUGGACGCUUUCCAGGAUCUUACAAUGGAAGAUCAACAAACAGAGGAACAGGAAGAGGCCGAAGCGGGAGCCGAAGCCGAAGAAGAGGAAGAGGAAGAAGACCAGGACGACGGGCAGCGCAGCGAACAUUACGAUUCGGACGAGGAGGAGGAUGAUGUUGUUACACGCGAUAGUGACGGAAACGUCAACUCGCAGCUCGCAGUUGGUUACAAACAUGACCGCUCUUUCGUCGUCCGGGGCUCUAAGAUUGGUGUCUUCAAACACACCCCUAACAACAAUCUUGAGUUCUCUACCAAUAUUUCCAAGGUUGAGACGCCCGGCGGUAAGCUGUUCAGUCCUAAGAAGGUCAUGUUGCAUGCAGAAGACACCAACAUGAUUCUUCAAAACGGCGAUGACCCCAACUCGCUGUACCGCAUGGAUCUCGAGUACGGAAAGGUUGUCGACGAGUGGAAGGUCCAUGAGGAUAUCCCAGUCAAGACUUUUGCUCCUGAGAGUAAAUUCUCGCAAAUGACCUCGGCUCAGCCCUUUGUUGGUGUUUCUCAAAACGCUCUUUACAGAAUUGAUCCCCGUCUGUCUGGCAACAAGCUGGUCGACGCGGACUUGAAGCAGUACACGGGCAAGAACGAGUUCUCUUCGGUUGCCACAACUGAGAAAGGUUACCUUGCGGUGGCAUCAAACAAGGGAGACAUUCGCAUGUUUGACAGACUUGGAAUCAACGCCAAGACCCAUAUUCCUGCCUUGGGCGAACCUAUCAUCGGUUUGGAUGUCUCUGCUGAUGGUCGUUGGGUUCUGGCUACCUGCCGAACCUAUCUCCUCCUUAUUGACUCCCUCCAGAAGGACGGCAAGAAUGAAGGCAAACUGGGCUUCGAGAAGUCGUUUGCCAAGGACUCGAAGCCUCAGCCUCGUCGUCUGGGUCUCCAGCCCGCACACGUUGCACAGUUCCAGCAUGAAACGAAACAGCCAAUCUCUUUCACUCAGGCCCGUUUCAACACUGGUGUUGAUGCCGAGGAGACCUCGAUCAUUACGGCCACUGGACCUUUCAUUAUCACCUGGAGUUUGAAGAAGGUCGUUGCUGGACGAAAGGACCCGUACACCAUCAAGCGGUACGGUGAGGACGUAAUGGCGGACAACUUCAGAUUUGGCUCCGACAAGAACGUGAUUGUCGCCCUGCCAAAUGAGGUCAACAUGGUUGCCAAGAGGAGCUUCCAGAAGCCAACCCGUGAGAGCAUUGCUGCUCCAGUCACACCCAACCGUCGUGCAAGCCGAUGGGCAAACAGAUUAGGAAGAGAUGACAUCGUCAACUCUCCCUACUAG